AUGGCCGAUAGCACUCUUCCAUUUGAUUUCCCUACGUGGUCGUUGGAUGCGCUGGACGCUCCGCACGCCCUCAGCCUGGAGACUGGCUUCAUGAACGAGGACGAGCUGCAGCGAUAUCAACUUUCCAUGCCUGGAUACGACGAAAUAGCGGCGCAGCACUUCUUGGGCAAUGGCCCGGGGCCAGCAAAAGUGGAGCAGCAGAUGUCGGCAAAGACGGACAAUUUCUACGACCCGCUGACCAACUACGCGCCGACGGACGCGGAUAAAUUUCCUAUAUUCCCGCAGUUUUACCACUUGUCCAAGGAUCCCCUCUCGCUCGAUGACUUGUUGCGAUCCACCUCGCAGGUGGCCACCGAACGAGCCCUCUACAUGAACAACGCAACGCUACCGCAGCAUCCCAUGCCCGUUUCGCCUUCGUCUCUCUUGGAUUCCGGCGCUUCGCCCGACACUAGUCAUGGAUCGUAUAGUGCAAGCGACGAUGGUUGGGAAUGUCAUGCACAGAUGAUGGACCUCCCCGAAGUAUUUGUGCCAGCCGGCGCAAGUGACGAGGACGAAGGCCUGACUCCGCUGGAAAUGCCCGACGGCAGCACACGCUUUACGGCUAAUUGGCUGCCGGUGGAUCCGCAAGGUGGAUUCACCAUCGGCUCGCCCGAAAAGCCUCGUUCGGCCGCCAGUGCGGGCAAUCUCUUCGACCUCGAGUUCAUGAACUACCGCAAGGAGGCCUUCAUCACUACCGAUGCUGGCGUGUGA